AUGGAAGAAUUAGAACCAACCGAGACUGAGCAAGAUGAUCAAUACUUGCUCACCGCAGCCGAUGCCGAGCUGCUACAAGAGAUCCUCAAGCACAAUCUCUCACAUCAGUCGGGUGAAAAACGGAAAUUCAGGUUUCAGGACUUGAAAUUCACCCGGCAACUGAGUACCUUUCAAAAUCUGGGGACUACUGCCCCACAGUUCCAUGGCUUUUUCGUUCUCUUCUGGAUGGGGGUGACCCUGAUGUUAUUCAGGCUUGCUGCCAACAAUUGGAGAACAUAUGGCAGCAUAUGGGGCAAGAACGAGAUUAUCCGUCUCAUGAUGGAUAAAGAUGUCAUGGUCCUCGGACUGACUGACUUGCUCCUUUGUUGGUCUACGGGGUUUUGUCUGAUACUACAACGAGUGGUACUCAAGGGAUACAUUCGCUGGAACGGACUCGGUUGGCUCAUUCAGAAUAUUUGGCAAACUAUAUACCUUGGAGCCGUUAUAUGGUGGGCAUACCACCGUGAUUGGCCGUGGACGCACACUGUCUUUAUCGUAUUACACUGCUUGGCUAUGCUGAUGAAGCAACACAGCUAUGCAGCUUACAAUGGCUACUUAUCGGAAAUGUAUCGCAAACGAAAUAUGUUGAAAGCAAGUCUUCACCAAACCAAAAGCAGAGAAAGAGGACAUCCUACUUCUGCCAAAAUGGGGUACUCUUCUGCAGUUGAUACGAAGCUCAGUGCCAAGAUUACAUACCUCAAGAAGAAUGACUUCAGUCAGCGCUCUUCUGAACUCCGAAACUAUUCUCGGUCCCAUGAAACCGACCAGCUUUUAUCUCUUAUUGGAACGAUCGAGACCGGCGUUCCACUUGACCCGAGCCAGGUGAAAUCCCUCGGAGAACUCCUCAAGCAGGAGAUCGAGGUCUUAUCUGAGGGAUUAAAGGGCCGGUGUUCACUAACCAACAAUCACUAUCCUCGAAACUUGACAGUAGGAAAUAUCUGCGACUUUAUGGCAUUGCCCACAUUGGUCUACGAACUGGAAUACCCGCGGACCAAGAAAAUCGAUUGGCUCUACGUCGCAGAGAAGACACUAGCCACGUUCGGCAUCAUUGUGGUCAUGAUCGCAGUCUCUCAAUCGUGGAUAUACCCGGUGGUAAUGGACACGGUGCGUAUGAAAGAGGAGGGAAUGACCGCGCAGCAGAGACUCCGGGAAUUUCCCUGGGUUCUCGGUGACUUGCUUUUUCCGUUCAUGAUGGAGUAUCUACUGGCGUUCUACGUGAUCUGGGAAUGUGUUCUCAAUGCUGUAGCCGAGAUCACCAUGUUUGCGGAUCGAGGGUUCUAUUCCGACUGGUGGAACUCGGUCUCGUGGGAUCAGUUCGCGCGGGAUUGGAACCGUCCUGUCCAUAACUUCUUGUUUCGGCAUGUAUACCAUGGCUCUAUUAGCGAAUACCGUUUGUCGCGGGUAUCUGCUAGUCUCAUAACUUUUCUCUUAUCUGCAUGUGUACAUGAGCUGCUCAUGCUGUGCAUCUUCCGGCGGCUCCGAGGUUACCUACUAAUCCUUCAGAUGUCUCAGCUACCGCUUGUUGCGCUAAGCCGGACUCGUCUGAUGCGAGGUCGCCGUUUGUUGGGCAACAUCGUCUUUUGGCUGGGCAUUUUUACGGGGCCAACUGCCUGCUGCGCCAUUGGCGUUAAACACGAAGGCGAAGCCAAGGGUCAACUCCAACAAAUCGGCGAUGUCGAAGUCUAUAUUUCACACCCCGAGCGUUCUACCAAGCGUGCCAUCCUACUACUCACCGAUGUAAUUGGUCACCGCUUCAUUAAUGCGCAGCUUAUUGCAGACCAGCUAGCGGCAAAUGGUUACUUGGUCGUCAUGCCAGACCUAUUCCACGGUGAUCCGGUGCCGUUGAACAACCGCCCCGCUAGCUUCGAUCUGAUGAGCUGGCUAAAAGGUCCUCCGGGUCAUCUGCUAGACCGUGUAGAACCUGUGGUCCAGGCGAUCCUGAAGGAAAUGAAGUCCAACAUGAGCUGCGAGAAGGUCGGUGCUGUUGGAUAUUGUUUCGGGGCAAAAUAUGCUGUUCGACUGCUCCAGCCAGGUCUCUGCGAUGUUGCCUAUGUGGCACACCCCAGUUUCGUCGACGCAGAGGAAUUACAAGCAAUCCAAGGCCCGUUGUCCAUUGCUGCGGCUGAAACUGACUCGAUCUUCCCGGCCCCAAAGCGCCAUGAAUCCGAGGAUAUCCUCGCCAAAACUGGCCAGCCCUACCAGAUCAACUUGUUCAGUGGCGUUGAGCAUGGGUUUGCUGUCCGCGCAGAUAUCACCAAGCCAACAAUCCGCUUUGCUAAGGAGUCUGCCUUUUCACAGGCAGUCGCAUGGUUUGAUCAGUACCUCUAAUAAAUCGGGGAGGCAAACAUCUAGC